UACAUAAUGUUUUAAAUAACUUGUAAAAUAUUGAACUUGUAACAUCAUAUGGCUGCAUUUUGAACACCCGGAAACGUUCUCAACCUUGUUGCCGAGAGGAUUAAUAUGGGUUUCCGAUUUCCUUCAUAGAACUUAACAAUACCUUAUUCACAAGCAUCAAUAUUGCAAAGAUUCUUAUCAGAAAAUCUUGAUUUAACAGUUCAUGGACAUUUGCACAAUCUUGAUGCAAAUUGGCCUGCUCCUCUCUCUCUCUUUCUCAAUCAAGAUGUCCAGGCAAGAAAACAGGCUGAUGCAGAAUUCUCACAUGGGGGCCUAGCCACGUGAUCAUACUCUCUUGGCACUAUGCUCCUUUCAUACCAGGAUAUAUUCUGUUUUAGACAACUUUUUUUGCAUAAUAGACUGCAACUUGUAAAUCAUGUCUAUAAAGUAUUAACAUAUUGGAGAUAUUCAACAGAACCUUAACUCAUUUAUUCAGCCAAUCAACUUCAGAAACUCAUCAUGGAAGAAAGAGAACUGUAAUUAUGAAAAAGAUGAUUUACUUAGAUCUGUUGGCUACCUAACUUUCAAUAAUUUGGUUCAUUGUUUACCUCUUUUUUAUUUUUUUCAAUUUUCAUUUGUUUCGAGAAUCAUUAUCCAUGUGUCUUGACAUAUCACAUAUGCAUGGCACAACUACUUUCAGAGUUUUUUGUGAUUAAACUAAUGGAUUUGUUUAUGCCUUUUCAUCUUAAUAAUAAUUUUUUCUUUUGUGAAUAAAUUAUCUUUUUAGGUUAAAUAUGCGGUACCAUCCAUGAUUUAGACAGUUUACCAAUAAAUCACACCAAGCUCAUAUUCUUUUAUAAUUAGUGAUUACAGAAUAUUAUAUAUAUUUUUUGUUUAACAUGUAUUCUUGAUAGCAAUGGUGUCUGCCAGAGAAAUAUCAAACUUUACUCAAGAAAUAGAACAUAUAUGAUAGAUGUAGGGUUCAAGAUUGAGAAUCUCAAAUUCAAAUCUUAAUGGUAGUCUAAAAGAAAUAAAAAAAAUGUCUUCUUUAACACAUUUAUUGGCCUAUUUUUUCAGAUGGCAAUGAUAUUUGAAGCUUAAUCUCUAUUCAAAUUGCAAUCCUAGCAUUUGACAGUCCUCAAUAAAAGAAAAACAUUAAUUAAUUCAAUGCUUUGAUGAUGUCAAAAGAUGUUUCUCCUAAGAAAACCAUUAGCUUGAUGGACAAGGUCUGACCUAAUUUGGAUGGGGUUCUUAUCAUCAUCAUGAUUGUUCUAUUUCUUGUGAUAAAUGAUAAGCACCAAGCUUCUUAAAUUUUGAAUGAAAUUGUCGUUGAAAUUUGAAAACAGCAACCUCAACUAUAGAGCUGUUUGGUAUUUGAUGAGACCCAUGACCAUAUUAUAUUACAUGAACCAAAGGGUACCCAAUGUCCACCACCUCUGCUUAACCUUUUGAUAUCCCACUUUAAUCCAUUUUUUAAUGUUAAUUAAUCAACAAUUAAAGCUUCAGUUACCUAAAUUAGAAGAAAUCAACUCAUUUGCACCAAGUUGACCAAGAUUAGUUGGUCCCAAAAUCUUAUCUUCAUCUGAUGCCGACCUAAUAAUAAUCCAGUGGGAACCAGCUCCAUAGCGGGUCUUUGUUUUCCAUUGGAGUUAGACACCAAAUCAACCAUUUUCUUUCUGGUAACACCAACACCAAAACUGCCAAAGUUUUAUAAUAAUAAGGCUCACUGUUUUCCAUCCGAAAGAGAGAGAGAGAGAAAGGGAGGGAGAAAAGUCGAAAAGAAUCUAUCCUAUGAAUGAAAGAGAAAUGAAACUCAAAAAGUAACACUUUUGCAAAAUUUUCUUUCUUUGUUGAGCUUCUGCACUGCAUGACCUUCCCCUCUCUCUUUCCCUGUUGCUUGAAGGAGCAAAGACAGGAGGUAAACGACCACAUUACUUAAAGCUCUUUCUUUCUUGUUCUUUCUGUUGAUUUUUUAGUUAAAGACUGGAUAUUUCUAUGCCAAUAGAAGUUUGUAAAUUUAUUUGAAAAAGGUGAAGAAAAACUAUCAUAUGGUAUGUACUGAAUUAAAAUGCGUGGUCUUAAGCUAAUAGAAAGAUUCAAAAGCACUCAAGUUCAUGCCUUGAAUCCACCAGAUACCACUAUUGUUAACACUGCUGGCUCGUCUUCCAUAGCCGGUAAGCUUAGUAAUCAUAGAGUCAAAUUUAUAGGGUCAAAACUCAAAUCCAAUAAGGCCUGCUCUGUCUCAGGAGCUAAAACUCUGUUUCCUUUUGGACUCCCUAGAAUUGACCUUCUUGAACCACCCAUAGAACCUCACUUAAAACCCAUUCAGUUGGUAGAAACCUUAGCUGAUCUUUAUCGUCGGUUCGAAACUUGUUUAGAAUCGGAGAAAUCAUUGAUAUGCAUUGAGCAGUACUCGAUUUUGAGUAGCCUCGGUGAUCCUAAGUUCCUGAGAAGGUGCCUCCGUGCUGCGAGGCAACAUGCCUUUGAUGUGCACUCCAAGUUAGUUUUAUCAGCUUGGUUAAGGUAUGAGAGGAGAGAAGAUGAGCUUGACGGUGUAUCACCAAUGGAUUGCAGUAGGUUCAUUCUUGAAUGUCCUAAGGCUGCUCUGGUAUCUGGGUAUGAUCCAAAUUCCAUUUAUGACCACUGCAAGUGUUAUCAAGAGUGUUCUGUGCAAAUCUCUAAGGGGAACGAGUUUUGGACAUUGGAAGAAGAUAGUGACAUCUCUUUUUGUGUUGCCAAUGAGGAGAUUAAUUGUGUUCGAUUUAAAAUUGCUUCACUUUCAAGCCCGUUUAAGGCUAUGUUAUAUGGGAGUUUCAUGGAGUCAAAAUGUAAUAAAAUUGAUUUUUCACAAAAUGAUAUUUCUGUAGAGGGAAUGAGAGCUGUGGAUUUGUACAGUAGGACUAAAAUGGUAGACUUGUUUUCUCCUGAGAUUGUAUUGGAGCUCUUAUCGUUUGCAAAUAGGUUCUGUUGUGAGGAAAUGAAGUCUGCUUGUGAUAUUCAUUUGGCUUCUUUAGUCAGCUGUAUAGAGGAUGCUUUGCUUCUUAUUGAAUAUGGGUUAGAAGAAAGGGCAAAUUUUCUAGUAGCUUCAUGUUUGCAGGUUUUUCUAAGAGAGCUCCCAAGUUCUCUUUAUAACCCCAAAGUGAUGAAAAUAUUUUGUGGCUUUGAGGCAAGGGAGAGAUUGGCAUCAGCAGGGCAUGCUUCUUUCUUCUUGUAUUAUUUCCUAAGCCAGGUGGCUAUGGAAGAGAAUAUGCUGUCAAAUGCAACAGUGAUGUUGUUGGAAAGAUUGAGAGAAUGUGCUGCAGAAAAGUGGCAGAAGGCUCUAGCUUUGCAUCAACUGGGUUGUGUGUUGCUUGGGAGGAAAGAGUACGAAAAUGCUCAAUGUUGUUUUGAAGCAGCUACCGAGGCAGGUCAUGUUUAUUCAUUAGCUGGUAUGGCAAGAUGCAAGUACAAGCAAGGGCAACAGUAUUCAGCCUAUAGGUUGAUGAGCUCACUUAUCUCUGAGCAUAAAGCAGUUGGGUGGAUGUAUCAGGAACGAUCUUUGUAUAAUGUUGGGAAGGAUAAGAUUGCUGAUUUGAACACUGCAACUGAAUUGGAUCCCACCCUUUCAUUCCCGUAUAAAUAUAGAGCAGUCUCAAAGGCAGAGGAGAAGCAAACUAGGGCUGCUAUUUCAGAGAUUGACAGAAUCAUUGGAUUCAAGCUUGCACCUGAAUGCCUAGAAUUGCGAGCUUGGUUCUUCAUAGCAAUUGAGGAUUAUGGAAGUGCUUUGAGAGAUGUCAGAGCAAUGUUAACUUUGGAGCCAAAUUACAGAAUGUUCAAUGAGCAAGUUAGCGGGGAUGAUUUGAUUGAGCUCCUGAACCAUAAGAUUCAGCAGGGAUGUCAAGCUGACUGCUGGAUGCAACUUUAUGAUCGAUGGUCUUGUGUAGAUGAUAUUGGCUCUUUGGCUGUCAUUCACCAGAUGCUGGUUAAUGAUCCUGGAAAAAUCCUGCUUAGAUUUCGGCAAUCUCUGCUUCUUUUGAGGCUAAAUUGUCAGAAGGCUGCUAUGCGAUGUUUGCGAUUAGCUCGUAAUCUUUCUAGUUAUGAGCAUGAAAAGUUAGUUUAUGAAGGAUGGAUUUUAUAUGACACUGGCCAUCGUGAAGAAGCUCUUGCAAGAGCUGAGAAGUCCAUUUUGAUUCAGAGGUCGUUUGAAGCAUUUUUCCUGAAAGCAUACACUUUGGCAGAUUCCACUGUGGAUCCUGAGUCGUCUUCUUAUGUAAUUCAACUUCUGGAGGAAGCCCUUAGAUGCCCUUCAGAUGGUCUUCGAAAAGGACAAGCACUCAAUAAUUUAGGCACUAUCUAUGUGGAUUGUGGUAAACUGGAUCAAGCUGCAAACUGCUAUAUGAAUGCCCUUGAAAUCAAGCAUACAAGAGCUCAUCAGGGGUUAGCACGCAUUUAUUUUUUAAGAAAUCAGCGAAAAGCUGCAUAUGAUGAGAUGUCCAAACUGAUAGAGAAGGCACAUAAUAAUGCCUCAGCAUAUGAAAAGCAGUCCGAAUAUUGUGAUCGUGAGAUGGCAAUUAAUGAUCUAAACAUGGCAACAAAGCUGGAUCCACUUAGAACAUACCCGUACAGAUACAGGGCAGCUGUGCUAAUGGAUGACCAAAAAGAACUUGAAGCAGUUGAAGAGCUUUCAAAAGCCAUAGCUUUCAAGCCUGACCUGCAAAUGCUUCAUCUUCGAGCUGCAUUUUAUGAGUCAAUGGGUGAUCUCAGCUCAGCUCUCUGUGAUUGUGAAGCUGCUCUCUCUUUGGAACCAAACCAUAUCGACACGCUUGAUCUGUAUAAUAGAGCCAGAGGCCGAGCCAGCCAUCCACAAGAAAUGUGAGAGGCACUGUUGUUACAUUUCUGAUAAACUAGGGGAGUUAGUUGUCAGUAAUAAGGAAAAGAAUCUUGGAGUCUUUCGCAUAGCUUUAUUUCCUUUCCGAAAUGGUGGGCUAGUGAGCAUCUAGCUGCCAAAUGACAAUGAAAAGGAAAAGACCAAGAGAGUUGCUUGUCAAUAGGAGCGUUAUGGAACUAAUAAUAGUGGAAAUAGAGCGAGCAGCCUAUCCACCAUCUUCCCAGAAUUUAGUUUUAUGCGACAGAAUCAGGUCUUCAUGAUAGUUGGCACGAGAUUUAGCAAUGUAGGUUAAAGGGUUUACAGACUGUUGUAACUUUGGUCAUUGCUUACAAAAAGAACUGGUAUACAGUUCAUAGAAUAUAUCUUAUCAUUCGAGAAGGACUUCUUGUCAUCUCUCUUAGUUCAUCUUGUACAUGAACAACAGUAAAAUAGGUUUAAAUCUCUCUUUUUUUACUGUAAUUUUUCCUUCUUAAUUUUCUUUUGCAUACAAUUAGGUAGGCCUUCUGGGAAACUUCUGCUUUUCUACCAAUGUGGCUACCUCCAUUUGUAGUACAUUUCUUCCUCUCUUUUCUAUCCCUCAAAUGAUUCGGUUCCAGUCUAUUUC